CUCAGGAGCGUCAACGAUUUAACAUGGAGGCGGCGGUUAACACUCUCGAGGCGAUGUGGCUUGUGUUGGUCUCCUGUUGAUCGUGUUAUCCUCACCUGGAGUUCCAGGUGGCCGAAUCUGAUCUGGACAGCAUUCAGAGCAUGUUGGAGUUUGAAACAAUGAAAGGAAUCCCUGGUGAACUAUCUCAAGAGGAAAAUCCUCUGGCUCUCAUACAGCAGCUAUCGGUCAUGAAGUCACGUUACAAAAUGUUGUGCGAUAGGCUUGACAGGAUUUCUGCCGAGCAGCAAGAGUCAAUGCGUUCUAUCAAUGCUACCCUCAAUAAAACACUUAUGCUGGUUCAGAAGAUACAGCAGCAUGCUGGGAUUGAGACCUUGCCUCUGUCUGAAGAGCAGCAGCUUGCAAUACAGCAGAUAAGGUGCCAUGCCCUCCAAAAGACAGAUGCUCCAGGAAAGCAGAAUUGUCCAAAAGAACACCAGAUCCAUUGAUUCCAGAAGAACUUGCCCAAGUUUAAGUGGCUAGACAAGAUUGUGGUUCUUUAAAAUUUGCAACUGCUCAGCUUUGGUAUCCAGUUCUUUUAUACAUAGUUCCUAAACUGUUUGCAGGUAACCAAGAUUGCUGAGGUGUAAGUUGAUGUAUGCCUGUAAUCAUGAUAUUGUGUAACAUUCUGAAAAUUGGUUAACUGUCAAAAUGGUGGUGUUUUGUUCUGGAAGCUGUUGUCCUAUGGAUAUUUGCAAAUAGUGGCUUUAGGCUGCAUCAUGAUGGUGUGAACUACAAUAUGCAUGCAUAGAUACUACUUGCAAACUAAAUAUUGAAUAGAUUAAAUAAAACAAAAUGGGCUUUGAGCUCUUUUUUGAACUGCUAUCUCUGUGGUAGGAUCUUCUACCUGACUGCUAGAAGUAACUUGGAGAUUGGCUACUGUGUCUGUUGGAUCCUGGUUUUGCUUCUCAGUGUCACAGAUCCUAAGUGGCCCUCUUUCUAAAAUGCAAUAAACCCACAGUUGUCUUGAAUGGAAACAACACAAGAAUUGCACUUGGUGAAUUGCACUUAUUCAGCCAAAAUACUCAUGGGCUGCCUUGCCCAUGUCUUUUUUUAAAUAAUAAAAUUUAGGGCAUACACUAUAAACAUUACACACUCUCACAAAUGACAAGAUGGGACGUGUCCUAAAACAAAGCUUCCCUUCGCAUCAAAAUAUAACAGCAAGCAUUUUUUUAAAAAGGCUCUCUUUUCACAGUGGCUCAUUCAAAACACACAUGAAUUUGGGCUGCUUCUGUUAGUAUAAUCAAAGCCAGAGCUUAUGAACUCAAAUAAAAAUGACAUGAUUAUGACUUUUCAAAACUUGUGGUCUCCAGUUGUAGCUUGAGUUAAAGGUAGAUAUUGUUAUUGUUGUUCAGUCGCACAG